AUGGCUCCUGGAUCGUUUCUGCGCUCACUUUUGCGCGGCUGCUUCUCUUCUGGAGACAAUUCUGACGCCGAGAAACAGACGAAAUAUCCGCAUUUGAGAGGAGGAGAAUAUUCUUCCCAGGAACGAUGCAGCACACGACGAAUACAGAAAUUUCCUGGAGCGAACAAGGCGCGACGUGGACCUGGAUCUGGAUCUGAUCACAAAUCUUGGCCCACGACGCGAUUGCAUGAUCAAGGUCAUGGUCAAGGUCAAGGAUCCAGGCAGAAUAAUCACGCGUCAGGUGGCCAAAAACACGAUUUGCAUCCAGUAGCAGUGACAGCUACUAGUCAUACUCCUAAGCGGAGGCCAGUGAGGCCUAAUCAUGAGAAGCCUCUCCCUGUGGUUCCACGUAAAAGUCCCCCACAACAGGAGCAACAGCAGCUGGAGCAGCAAAAGGCACUACUACCCCUGCAUGACCAGAACCACAAUGUUCAACAGUACUCUACAGAUAACGUCUUUACGCAUUCGUAUACGCAAACACGCGAACGCGAGACAGAAACAGAAUCAGAUGAAACUCAUGUCCAUGUGCUCACUCAGCAACCAACUGAGAGCAUCCGGACAUUCAUUUCGCACGACCGCUCAAUGAACCGCGAGGCCGUGUCUGAGGUAAUCGACAUGAUAGCCCUUCGCUUCAGCCACAUCCCCUACGCCGUGAGCGGUCUGGCCGCAAUGGUCUACUACGGCUACGACGCGAGGCCCUAUAAAGUGAGCAUCGUCUGUCCCGAGCACACGCGCGAGAACCAGAAAUGCUGGGCCAAAGCCCAGGGCAUGAUCCCCAUACCGCGCCGCUCCGAUAUCUGGGGGAUGGCCACCGCGGACGGCAUCGUCCACCAGAUCCGCGUGAGAUUUCCCUACGAUUUCGAGGACAUGCAUGCUUUAAAAAUAGGCAGCUCGGCCGUGUCGAUGCUCUCACUAGCGGGUCUAGCUGAUGAGCUGGCGCGCACGUACGUGAAUGAGCUGAAGCAUUCCGACCACGCCCGGCAGGACAACCUCGCGCGGGAGAUGAUCUGGAUUCUCCAGAGGAUCAUCCAGGUCAGGAUGCCCGAGCACAUGCUGACGCCCGAGAGGAUACCUCGUCUUACCAAGGAGACAUUCUGGUUGCCGUUUUCGCUGGCUUAUCCUGAGACGGUGCCGCUUUUUGCAAAAGCCGGGUGGAGGAUUCCCACCGACGGAUGGAUUUAA